AAGCCAUGGGGCACCCUAACCUUGGGCCAACCCUAACCUUGAGGGCACCCAAACCUUUGGGCAGCCAUGCUCUGGGGCACCCUUUCCAUGGGGCAGCCACCCCAUGGGGCACCCAAACCUACGCCGUGGGGCACAGGUGCCAUGGGAUACCCAUGCCAUGGGGCACCCAAACCUUGGGGGACCCACACUAUGGGGUCCCCACACUAUGGGGUGGAAGAAGGGGACCCCCUCGCCGCACGGUGGGGUGGGGGUCAGGAUGGCCCUGCAUGCCCCACCCCUCUCUCUCUCUGCAGCCCCACCGAAGGCGAGGGGGGGCACUGCCCCCGGCCCCCCUGCUGCCCGCCAGCCACGAGGCAGGGCCCUCACCGGCCCCUCCAGCCGCGUCCCCGCACCCAGCGCCGGCGCAAGGGCACCCGGACGGACCCCGACGGGGGGGGCCCCCCCACCCCGAGGCGCAGGGGCGACACGGGUUGCCCCCCCAGCUGCUGGCUCUGGGUGCAAACCAGCCCCCCCCCAGAGCCGCCUCCGCGCCCCCCGGAAGCCGGCAGCGAGCAGUGUUCCGAGGUGACCCCCCCGCACCGCCUCGCCCAGAGGAGCUCACAGCCCCCAACCCCCCUGGCCUGGGGUGAGGCAGACAGCGACUGGGGAAACUGAGGCAGGGGGCGAGGGUGGGGGAGGCAAAGUGAGGCCCCCCCAGGAUGAGGCAGAGGCGCGGUUGGGUUUUGCUUUAAUUACAAAAGGUCCCAGCAGUAGGAAACCCCCCUUCGCCCCCCCAAAAAGGGGUCUCACCCUCCCCCCUUCUCCCCCCCCCACCUCCGGUGUGCCUCCACUUGAGCCUCUCCCUGUGUCACACAAAGUACCGGGGAGCGGGGGGGGGCAUACA